ACUACAAUCUUGAGCAAGAGGAACCUUUGCGUCUAGCGAGUGAAGAUGAAGUCAAUCAACUCAUAUCAAUUUAUGAACGUCACCUGCCAUCUGCCGUUCAGUUUGUUUUAUUGUUGGAAAAUAUUAAACGAAUGCAAGCAACUCUUCGUGAGAAUGAGCUAGAGAAUGCUUCACAUAGGUUUCGCAAAUCUGUCUACGUGCUGAAGGAUAGGGAUAUCGAGCAACAUGCUACAUUCGUAGCCAUCGGGCUAGAUAAGGAUAUCUUCAUUAUUCCUCAUACGCUGCAAAAUCUACCCAUCGAAUUGACUGAAGCAAUCCGUGAUACCAAAUAUAUUAAGUGGGAACUGCAUCCCGUGUUCGUUAUUGAAAGAAAUAAUGAAAUCCAGGAAAAUCUAUCACAAGUAGCAGAAGCGCGAAACAUAAAGUUACACAUUUUGUCCGAUUGUCUUAAUUAUUGGGUGCCACAACAAAAAGCCAGUAAAAUUACCUACACAGUUCCUCAAGAUGUAACACUGCGCCCAUUGCAAGAAGAACAUGCACAGUUCCUGAAUGAUACCUGGCCGUAUCGCUACGAACAAUCCAAAUGGUAUAUAGAAACGGCUAUACGCGUCAAUAGUGGAUUUGGACUGUUUGACAUAAAGGAUGGAUCACUGUUGGCAUGUGUUUUUAAAAACGAUCAUGACAGUGUUGGGCACCUGUAUACGCUACCUAAUAAAACAAAUAGAGGCUAUGGGAGCACGCUCGCCAAAGCAAUGACGAGAAAAAUAGCGUUCCAGGACAACCAACACGCUCUUGCAUUCAUCUCUCCGUCAAAUGAGCAGUCAAUUCGCAUAUUCACGAAAAUAGGUUAUGUUCCUGUCAGUAGAACAAUAUGGCUAUCCAGCAGCGUAGAAAGCAAACCAACUCAUCGGGCAUAACCCACAAUCGGCACAUCAAUCGCGUUUGCAAUAGAGUAAAAAAAAGUUUACGAAUGGUUUAAAAAACAAAAGAAAAUGGAUGGCUCGAGGAUCCCAAUCAAACAUUUGAAUUUAAAAUUUCGGACGCUAGAGCAGAUCGCGCCUACGCUCGCAAAGUGCAAUGAUUGUAGGAAGAAAGUUCUGAUUCAAGAGUGGAGGAAGCAGCAAAAGCUUU